AGGGAAACUCCCAGUGACUGAAAACUGAAAAAGCGAAACUUAACUCGGGUCUUCAGCGCGAGGGAGGCAUGGCUGCUGCAGGGGGUCACAUCCAGAAUCUCCUUGAUGAAGCCACUUGCUCCAUCUGCCUGGAUUACUUCAAGGAUCCAGUGACCAUCCCAGAGUGUGGGCACAACUUCUGCCGAUCCUGCUUGGUCCUGUUCUGGGGGGAAUCGGAGGCAGAGGCUUCCUGCCCUCAGUGCAGAGAAAGAGUCCAGAGAAGGAGCCUCAUCCGCAAUCGGCAGCUGGCUAACGUGGUAGAAAUAGCCAAGAAUCUCAGCCUUCAAGAGGGAAAGGAGGAAGGAGGGAAAGGAGGAGUCUGUGAGAAGCACCAGGAGCCCCUGAAGCUCUUCUGCAAGGAGGAUGAAGCCCCCAUCUGCGUGGUGUGUGACAGAUCAAAGGGGCACAAAGAGCACGAGGUGAUUCCUCUGGAGGAGGCUUUCCAGGAAUACAAGGUAGGAGAUCCCUGGAUCUGGAGGGGGAGAAAUAAAUAGCUGUGGAUUCUUCUUGGGAGGUUUUCUUUUUAGUUCUGAAGUCCAAAGUAGACAUGGCAUUGAUUGGUCAUUGUUUAUCACCUUGGAAGCAGCCCAGGGGAAGCCUGAGGGCUCCUGGGAUGGCUGGAGUGGGGAGCUGAAGUCUUUCUCUCUGCCAGGGGGACAAAGGGAUCUUGAAAUACUCACAGCAGCUUCAAAGAUUUGAACUGGGACCUUGGCAGGGAGAGAAAGGGUUAACCUCAUCCACAUCCCCCAGAAAGAUUGCGAUGUACAUAUUUAGAACAGUAGAAAUGUAAAUGGCACAUACACAACUAAGUACAUGUCUCCUUUGGUUACCAGGAUUCCUGCUCAAUGCCCUGCAAAACAGAGAGCAGCAAGGGAUCAGCGUGGGGUGGGGGGGACCGGGACUGUUAGCCAGGAAUUGACCAGAUGGUGCAGGAUCCCACCCCCCAAGUAUCUGUUGGAAGCAGAUUUGGGAGUGGGGAGUGGAAGGAUCUACUGGUGGCUUAUUCUGGGGGUGCCGUGGAGCCUGUGCAAUGAGGUUUGGGGGGGGGGCUGAGGAUCUUCUCCCACCCCAAAUGGCAAAGGACUCCAUGGUUCAGAGUAGCAUCUGCAAGGACAAGGCGGAAAUAUGACUUUUUCAUGGCAACUCGAAUUGGACCUGUGCAAUUAGAUACUAUAAAUAAUGCCUUUUAAUCCCUUUUUAAAAAUCACUUGUUCUACUACAGUGGUGCAAAAAUGCUCCUGUGGCAUGCAAUGCCAAUAAUGCCACAAAACAGUAAUAAUAGAAGCUGGUCCCUUUGAAUUGGCGGGAGGACCAGACAGCAAUCUUCUGACCGAAGGAGCUACUUGGGUGGAUUCUGGCCGUAGCAAGAACUUCUUUGGCCCAGAAAUGGAAAAAGCUGCAGCACUUACCGUAUUUUUCGCUCCAUAGGACACAGUUUUUCCGUCUUAAAAACUAAGGGGAGAAGUCUGUGCAUCCUAUGGAGCGAAUGCAGGGGGGGAGGCAAGCAGGAAAAGGCCCCAAGAGCUACACACAAGCUUCGCGAGGCUCUUGCGGGCUUUUCCCCAGGAGGGAGAAGGGACUGACGCGGCCAGUCAGCCCCUUCUCCCUCCUCUGGAAAAGCCUUGCGCAACCUCUCCAGCUGGGGGGGGGGGGGAGGCUGUGCAAGGCUAAAGAAGCCAACUUUUUAAAAAUCUCUCUAUCUCUACCUCUUUUUCUUUUUUCAUCCUUUCGCCACCCCCUUCUCUGGGCAGGAAUUCCCUCGGCUUAAGUGGGGUGGGGGAAGAGUGGCAGGUAAGGGGGUACCUACCUAGACACUGAAGCCACAUGUCUCUCUGAUGAAAGUUGGGGGUGGGCAUUGUGUGAAGUGGCUGUGGAUCUCCUGCCACAGAAUUGUAGGACUGUAUAGAGUUGGGAGGGCCACCCGAGGGUCAUCUAGCCCAGCCCCCUCACAAUGUAGGAAUCACAGCUAAAGAACGCCAGGCAGAUGGUCCCCCAACUGCUGCUUAAAAGCCUCCAGUGGUGGAGACCCCCAACACCUUCUGAGGUCAUAGAAUUGCAGGGUUGGAAGGGAACCCCAGGAGUCAUCUAGUCCAGUCCCGGUGGACAGCAGGCGCGAUCCAUCCCGUUGUGCAAGGCUAAAGAGGAAGCCAAGGCAGCAAGCGGGAUGGAUCGCGCUCGCUGCCUUGUCGUCUUCUUUAGCUGCGCUGGAGAGGUUUAGCUCCUGGCUGGAGAGGUUGCGCGGCUAUGGAUCCCACUCGCUGUCUUGGCUUCUUUGCUCUUUGGGGCUGGGGGGGGGGAUAAUAUUUUUUUCCUUGAUUUCCCCCUCUAAAAACAAGGUGCAUCCUGUGGUCCGGUGCGUCCAAUAGAGUGAAAAAUACAGUAAAUCUCCCCUGGUGGCCCAAGCACACGUGGGCUCUGGCUACUGCAGAGAAAAUAACUGCCAAAUAGCAGAAAACCACAAUUGCCAUCUGACCCAAUUCAGCGGCAAAGCAGAGGGGUCAAGAGGAAGUGUGGAAAAGCCCUAGGCUUGCAGAAGAGGGGUUUGGAAUGGGUGAAGUUUUGAGAAGGGCUGCUCUAUCCCUGCAUCUCUCUAUCCCUGCAUCUCAAGGGGGGACCUAACUGGGAUCCUGAGGCCACAGGGGUGCUGAAGAUAGAAGGUAGCUGAUCCAUGGAGCCGUGGGCCCAAAAACACUGAAAACCUCUGUACUUUUAUUUCCUCCAGGAAACUACUUUGCUAUUCUAGCAAGGCCACUGGGCGCAAGAAGCCAUUGUGAUUUUCAUUUCUCUGUGUGUCUCAAUCAAAGCUGAAUUUUCCCUUUUCUCUUUAGAGAGAGAUCUGUCGCCGCCUGGAGAUUUUGAGGAAAGAGAGAAGGGAAAUUCUGGCCCAUCAAGCAGAUCUGGACAAGGAAAGCAAAGACCUCCUUGUAAGUGUCUCUGUUGUUACUAGACAGGGAACAAGCACUUGAGGCCUCCAGGUAUAGGGCAGUAUAUAAAUUCAGUAAAGAAGAAGAAGAAGAAGAAGAAGAAGAAGAAGAAGAAGAAGAAGAAGAAGAAGAAGAAGAAGAAUUGAGUCAGGACUGAGAAGUGAUGGGGAAAUCUGCCCAUUUCAGCUUCUCCUCAUUUCUCAUUUUUCAUAUCAGUCUGUUUAUUAAUUUAUUGUUCUAAAAUGAAUCAGAUGUUAGGGUAGCUACCUCCUUGUAUAAAUAUUCUGAUCUGUACUUUACCCUCAUAAAUACAUUUUUUGUGAAUAUUACCUGGCUGGGUCAAGCUUGAAAAUAUCAGAAUUUUAAAACUCUGUUUUGGUCUCCAUAUUUUUUCAGCCAGAGCAAAUUAGGCAAGUUCACCUUUGAAUGCCGCUAAAUUGAGUUUAUUUCCCCUUAUCGUCUAUUAUGUGAAUAGCAGUCAAGGAGAAGCCUGAGGACUUGUGAGCUGAAAGGGUGGAAGCAAUUCAAACCAAAUCCUGAUUUACCAUAAAUAUUACUAAAGAAUUGUCUUUCUAAAUGUGGGCUCUUGUUCAUUUUAAGUAAACUCAGGCCAUUUUGAACCUUUAAAGAAAACAGGGGAGCUAUGGGGAUGAACUCUGCACUUUGUUCUCCUGUGUUUCUGUUCCUUCCUACACCCCAGUCUAAAUUGAGGGGUGUUUUAUGUCCCUGGAUGUUCUCUGAACAACUGUGAACUCUGGUUAUGCCAUGCCCCAAAACAUGCAGGGAACAUCCGUGGCUAGGAAAAAAGAGCUCCUUCCUUUAGGCUGUAUCCGUCUGCAAACUAGAAGUCAACAGAAACAGCAAUGGAGAGGCCGCCCCUCAAAAUAAAGGUUUACUUCUUUAGCCACUGGAGGUUUCAUGUCUAUAGAAAAAUCAGAAGUGUCCUCCCUGUGGAAUUCUCAUAAUUUUGUUUCUGCUGUUUCGAGGCUAAGCACCAAACACACUCAGACCUCCUCUUUUCUUGCAGAAAUUAACAGAAACGGAGAGGCUGAAGAUUGUGGAGAAGUUCAGAGAACUGCGCCAGUUCCUGGAAGAACAAGAAAAAGGUCUGCUGAAUCACAUGGAAGAGGUGGAGAAGGAGAUUGCAGGGAGAAGGGAUGAGCAGCUGGCCAGACUCUCCAGGAAACUCUCCUCUCUUGAGAGGAUCAUCCAGGAGAUGGAGGAGAAGAGUCAGCAGCCAGCGAGUGAACUCCUGCAGGUAAGACGGUGGCAGGAACAGCCCAAGGCUCCAGGAAAAGGCUGCCUCCCAUCCUUCAUGUGUCUCUUUCAUGUAUGCAAGAAGUGCAGGGGUUCAGAUGAUGGAGCCUCUAGUCAGGUUUGUAAUGGACAGGAAGACCCAAGAGACCUGGGAUGCUUAACUCACCUGAAUGCAGACUAGAGAUUCUUCUGUGUUCUCGAUGGAACAGGAGGUGGUUUUCUGCUCUUUGCUGAUGAUUUGUCUCCAAAUGCCUUCCUUCUUGGCAAUGCUGCCUUCCUGCCCUGGGCUGGGCUUCAGCGAGGAUUCAGGCCUCCUUCCAACAUGAGGCAGUCUCUUGACCAAGCUUCUUUUCCACUUCCCUCCACAACUUCUUGGUUGAUCCCCAUCCCCAUGGAUCCAGAUCAGCCCAAAAUGGUGCUCAGUCACAGUGACGAAAGAACAAGACAGAGGGACUCAUCCUGUCCCACCCCUUUCCUCAAGGAAAACCUGCUCUCUAUGGCUGAAUGAGAGCAAACAUCAGCCAGGUUUUAUCCAGAUUGACGUUUGCUUAGAUGUUGAACUAAGGAGCAGGUUUUCCCUGAGGGAAAGCGGAUGGGCAAAGGCAAAACCACUUGGACCCGUGUUUUCUGGGCACAGGAAAAGCAGAAGUGUGGAUGAGCCCAAAGAAACACGGAGCUGUUUUAUUACCCCUUUGGAGGCAUUUUAUGCUGCAGGUGCUUUUCUUAUUUCCAGUUGGAAAGUAGAAUUUGAAAUUUGGGGACUUCUGUGGAAGACAAUUUGGAACAGUUCCCUGGUAGGAUUAUCCUGUAGGCUUACUUAAGUCUGAAUUGCACAGUGCAAACUGGAUUAAAGUUAAUAAAUUAUAAUCUAAGACAUGAGAUGGGUUGGAAUCUUCUAUUGAAUCCAUAAACAUGAGAUUCCCUUAAAUGCUGGUGGAUUUUCAUAAGGACUUUCAACAAUAAUUUCAAACUGAUGUGGAAAUGUGGAGAACUUGAUAUUGGAAAAAUUCACAAUUUCAGAUUGGAAAAAUAAAAGUUGUGAGAAACCAAAACUGGCUCAUUCAGCCAUUCCUACCCAAAACCUUGCCAUGUGCCAGGCAGACUGACAUCCGAGGGGCAGGGUCUGAGGGGGUCUCCCUAGUGUGGCCUGUGGUGUGCAGUGAAUUCCCUUCUCUUUUCCCCUCUAGGAUGUGAGAAGGACCUUGCAGAGGUAAGUGGAUCUGGCUCAUUUCCAUUAGCCUCACUCAAUGAGGCCGGGAUGCCAGAACCUCAGACAUGGCCCUCCAGGGGCUGCAGGGGGGAGACUGGAGGACUCACUCCCUGAGGCAUCUCACAGGUAAAACAGGACCCCCUCUUUGGAACUUGACAAUGGGUAGAUCACAGUUGGUCUUUUUAUACUGUGAGUAGAUCUCAGUCUCUUGGGAGUUGGACGUGUCUGCCUUAGUUGUUUCCUUCUAGACUGACUAGUUCAGUCAUUCUGCAGCAAACACUCUGCCUGCCACCCCACCCUGUCCCAAGCAAACUACUGCCCCAUAGAGCCCCUUGAGAGGGGGCGAUUAUUGACCAAGGAGCAGGAAUUGGCUAUUUUCUUGACCAUAUUCCAGCUGCAGUAUUUAUAUUUAAGGUAUCACUCAGGUGCAGAGUAGAGGUUUUAAGGAACAUUUCUUGUUUCCCAACAAAAGUGCAUCUCUUUUUCUUCCUCACCCCUUCUCUGGGGACAUCUAGAGAAAGGAAAUGUGUGCUGUGCUGUCACCACCCUCAGACAAUUCCUGCCCCUUGAUACCAUAUGAUUCUGCUGCUUCUUUGAAUAGACAUCAGUGGGGAGACCCAGAGGCCUGGGGUUGCUGUUUUGGCCCUUGGGGGUCUGGCUGAGGAGUCCGUAGUGAGGAAGAAACUCCCCACUCAGCGCCUGCCUGUCCCUCUAGGCUUCUUCCAGCUGACUUCCUCUCAAUUCCUUUCUUUUCCUUUAAUAGAAAUUGUGGAUUUGAAUGCACUGACAUUGUUUUUCUUUUCACCAGGUAUGAGAAAAGAGAGAGUCCAGAGAAGCCACUGCCUUUCCCUCCAGAGCUGAGGAACAGGAUCUUGGAAUCCUGUGAUCUAAAUCACCUUGUGGAAGAUGCAAUGAAACAAUGGAAAGGUAAUGAAAAUUGGCUGCCAGGAUUUCACACUGGGAAUUCUAAUAUUUCUUCAGAACUGAACAUGCCAGGCUCUUAUUGCAUGGAAUUUAAUAACCCCAGGAUACCUUCCUUCUUGGUGCUCCAGCCUUCAUUUCCUGUCCCCCAGAAUGGCCCAUGUAUAUUGUGACACUGGAUCCUGUAAAGGAAGCCUGAACCAGAAUGUAUCUGUUUUCAAUUAUACGGAACCUCCUUUUCCUUUUGGUUACCCGUCUACACAAUCUGGGGUUGUCCUGCUCUGAAUGGAGUCAAUUCAAGGAUGCCACAUUAUGAAGUGUUACUUUUGUAUGGAGAUUUAUCUAAGGUGGAAGAGUGUUGCCCUAACACUUUAUAUCUUUCUGCUUCCUCAGAUGCUGUGUUAUACAAAAAACAGACUCAGAAAGGUAAAUUUCCAGGGGAGGAACAAUUUGACAGGAGGGAUGGGGACUGAUAUUUCAUGGUGUUAAACCGUCUUUUCUGCAGACUUUGGGACCCCCAUCAAUGGCGUCACUCUGGGAAACAGUCCUCUAGGGGGUUUGGGUUCUUUCUGUGUCCCAUGAAUGAACUGGGAGGGAGGUUGAAGGCUUGGAUUGGGGGCAGAGAUUGUCUGUGCGAAGAACCCACACCCCAGUCUGAGUUUUACUCCUGCCUAUAGACUAGUAUCCUGGUUUCACCCUCGAUUUUAUAGAUUUUGCUUUCUUUCAUAAAAUCUAUAUACUGCUUGUUUGUAGGGGAAACCCUCAGAGCCUUACAAUAUCCUACAAAAGCCCUUAAGGAAGAUCCUGCAGGGUCAGUCCAAUGUCCAUCUUGUCGGUUUCUCAUGUAUAAGGAAUCUCCCUUGCGUUUUGUUUUCCCUCCACACAAUCUGCAGAGGUUCUUCUGGGGCUUUUGAGAUCAGCCCCAUUCCAGGAGGGAGGACUUCCCAUUGCAUGAGACCCUUUGAAUUACAGGGUAAAGCUCUGCCGAUUCUUCCUUUGGUUUGUCAGCAUGCUUGGAAAUUCCGCUUUCAAGAGCUUUUUCCCACCAGUUCACUUGGCGCUGAUGUUAACUUUCCUCCAGCCAUUCAGUACAGAUUCCCAUUUUAUUCGUGGCUUUUGAAUGAUUGUAUUCUGCCAUUUUCUAGCAUGGUUUACCAUUUCUGAUUUCCCCAUGGAAUCAUGGAAUAGUAGAGUUUGAAAGGAUCCUAAGGGUCAUCUAGUCCAUGGGUAGGCAAACUAAGGCCUGGGGGCUGGAUCUGGCCCAAUCUUCUAUAUCUGGUCCGCGGACUGUCUGGGAAUCAGCGUGUUUUUACAUGAGUAGAAUGUGUCCUUUUAUUUAAAAUGCAUCUCUGGGUUAUUUGUGGGGCAUAGGAUUUUGUUCAUUCCCCCCCCAAAAAAUAUAGUCCAGCCCGCCACAAGGUCUGAGGACAGUGGACUGGCCCCCUCCUGAAAAAGUUUGCUGACCCCUGAUCUAGCCCAACCCCCUGCAAUGCAGGAAUCACAGCUAAACAGGUUAAUUGUUUUAAUUCCUUAGGCCUACAGUUGUUGUCUUUCAAUUACUUGUUUUAUGAUGUCAUCUUUUGCUUGAAACAAGGAAACAACAGAUGCUAUGUUAUGUUGAUGUUUUGUAAAAAGAUUUUCUUUGAACUAUUGCAGUGUAGACCAUUAAGCCUCUCUUUUUGCUUCCUCAGAUGUCCAGUCACUCAGAAGUCUCCAGAGAGGUAAAUUUCACAUGGAGACCCCAGUUCACAGGAGGGGGGGGACUAGUGUUUCAUGGGGGGUCAAGAGUCUCUUCUGUACAGUUGAGAACCAUCCACCCCUUGACUCUAGCCCUGCUGUUUCUGCCACAAAGGCAGAGAAGGUGGACUUGAAGGGGGAGAGAGAAAAUUCCCAGAAGGAUCAGGCGGAGGAGGGAAGAGUUUUUUUCCUGCCUAGAGAGAGUUGGGUUGCUUUCCCAUGUGACCUUUUUCAGGCCUGGUUGCCAUGUGUCCUCCUUUUGCCAGCCAUGUCUUCUAUUUUCAUGAUCAAAAUUUCUUAAAAUUUGUAUCGGGGCAGAUUUUUAAAAUUUGGCAGAAUGUCCCCAAGUUUUUUUGUCCAGUUUUUUGGUUUACAAGAACCCAUGAAAUUUUUAAUAUUGCAUUAGAGCAGGCAUAGGCAACCUCGGCCCUCCAAAUGUUUCAGUACUACAAUUCCCAUCAUCCCUGACCACUGGUCCUGUUAGCUAGGAGUUGUAGUCCGAAAACAUCUGGAAGGCCAAAGUUGCCUAUGCCUGCAUUAGAGUCAGAUCUAAGGCACCCGGUUAGGCUAAUCUGCAGCAGAGAAUCACAACAAAGCUGCAUCUUAAGCUAGCGACAUACUGUAAAAAUCCCUUCUCUUGUGGCUGAACCAAAAGGACGCUGGCUCAGCUACAAGAUCUUGGAGGAGGAGUCCGGGAGGGCAAGAGUUAAGAUCCCCCUGCCCUUAAGGAGAGUCCACAUGCAGAUGUUCAACAGUUUAAUAAAUUGUUAUGUGCGCACUUACGUUCAGAAAGAUGUGAACAUGUGCCCAAAUAUUUCAUGUGGCAAAUGAGGGAGUUAUAUGUAUUCUUACUAUUCUUUUGUUGUUGAAAGUUAAGAACACUGCUACUAGCAAUAUAUCACAGCUUCUAUAGCCUACAUAUAGUAGGGGUAUUUCAGAGGAGAGUCGUCAUAGCGAACCAUGGUUAAAAGUCAAAGUUGGCAAAUGUGUCCUCUUUCUUGCUCUUCAAAAUAGGGCAGCCCUACACUUGCCUAGCAUGACUGUCUCAGCCCCAAACUGGUAACCUUUUGAGUUAUUCCCCGCUUCUCUCAGGGAACUAGUCUUAAGGUAUAUAUGAAAUCCCAAAGAGAAGCAUGGAAUAAGCAGUCCUUUGUAAAAUUGCCCUGCCACCUGCCUCCUCUUCCCUGGCGGCAAGGCCUAAACUUCCAAGAUGGUUGGGAGGAAGGAGAGACCAAGUGGGUGAGAGAGAUGGAGAGCAGGAAUAAACAGGCUCCCCAUUUAACACAAUUUUCACUUGUGGGCACGAGGGCCCAGAACAUAACCCAUGCGAAAGUGAGGGGAGGCCUCUAUGUGGUUUUGUGUUGUAUUUUAAUGCUGUGGACCACCCUGAGACCUAUAUAUGAUGGGCAGUAUGCAAAGUUGAUAUUAUUAUUAUUAUUAUUAUUAUUAUUAUUAUUAUUAUUAUUAGAACAGGGGGUCCUCCUCCCCCAGCCCAACCCAGAGGUCCCCAAAGGCCAAUUCCCACAGAGAUUGUCAGAGGAAAGCAGCUUCUCUCCUCUCCUGCCUCCUCCAAUUCUCCUCUCUUUCCCCUUAGAUAACACAGAAGAGCUGAGUAAAAGGUUUCCUGGGUGGUUUUUCCCCUUAGAAAAUGCCUUGGUUGGAAGGAGGGCAGGCACAAUGUGCAUUGAAUAUAAGAAAGUGAAGGAAACUGAUUUAAAAAUCAACCAGAAGAUAUUUAUUCUGAUGGGAGUCUGCAAGGAGGAGUCUCAGUCAUGCAUGUGAUGCAAAUAAAUCCCCUUGAUCUGAAAGGGAAUCUGGGUUUUUUGGGUGUUUUUUUUUAAUCAGGAUGUCCAUCUCUGUCUCUCUGCUGACUCUGCCUAAUCUUCUCUCUCCCUCAUCUUCUUCCCAACAGCAAAUGUCACUCUGGAUCCAGACACAGCCCAUCCCCAACUCAUCCUGUCCAAGGAUCGGAAAAGCCUGAGACUGGGAGACAAACCUCAAGCCCUGCCUGAUAAUCCUGAGAGAUUCAGCGACUAUUUUUGUGUGUUGGGACGUGAGGGAUUCACAGCAGGCAGACAUUUCUGGGAAGUCACUGUGGGAAGUGGGGGAUGCUGGGAUGUGGGGGUCGCCAGGAAGUCUGUGGAGAGAAAGGGCAUCUUCUCCUUAAGGCCUGAGAGAGGGAUCUGGGCUGUGGGGAAGUGGGGAGGGGGGUACUUUGCCUGGACAUCCCCUGUUUCCUCUUUUCUGUCCCUGAGUGAGGAGCCCAGGAGGAUCCGGGUGACGCUGGACUAUGAAGGGGGACGUGUGUCUUUUUCUGACGCCGACUCAGGAGCCGAACUCUACACGUUCUCAGGAGCCUCGUUCUCGGGAGAGACCCUCCUCCCUUACUUUCAUCUGAGGGGAUAUGAAACCCACCUCAGUAUCUCCUGAGGAGACUAAAUCUGCCUCUCAGGCCCAGCAGGAGUUUCUCUCCAGACCAGAGUGACUCAUAUAAAAAACAUUUACCCACCAGGAGAACCUUGGGCAGUUUUUCAAGGGCCUUUUGAGAAGAUUCAUUUUCCUUCCUUUCCCCAGAAUUCCCUCUGCAGCUUACUUCUUCUUAAAGAGACAGUCACACUUUUAACAGUCCCAAUAAAUCAUCUUUUCCUCACCUUCAGUCUUGUUUUCCUUUUGAGAUGUCUGAUUUGGCAGAGCACGAGACUCUUAAUCCCACGGUUGUGGGGCCCACGUUCGGCAAAGGUUUCCUGCACUGCAGGGGGUGGGACUAGAUGACCCUCAGGGACACUUGCAACCCUGCGAUUCUACGAAACCUCCCUCUCCCCACAAGACCUUAUGCAGCUGUGAAAAUGCAUGCAUAAUUGGCUUAAUAAAGGACUAAAAAAUGAACCCCUUCCCCCACAUCAGGCAGGAUAGCUCCUUACUCUGGAGACCUCAGAUGGGAAGAAAAUAAAAAAAUUGAACAGCGCGUCAGCUUCAAAUGCCCUCUGCAAAUACAGCCUCCCCAUCUCCACACGUUGUCAGAAAUAAACCUCAUUGCAUUGAGUGGGGCUUCGGCCCAGUUAUAUGUGUUUAGGGUUGAUGCAUUAACGUUCCGUAUUUACAGGCUGGAUUCUGUCUAUCAGGGGCAUCAAAUGGGGUGUCCUCUGGAUAAUGCUGGACUCCAACUCCCGUCUGACCCAUCCAGCAUGGCCAGGGGUCAGAGAGGAUGGGAGCUGCAGUCCGGCAGCUUCCGGAGGGGGCCCCAUGGGCUGGGCUGCCCUAUACAUUUCGCAGGACACCUUCCCCUUGUUCCUCAGCCCCACCCGAAAUGCACAAUGCUCCCCCAAGGAGCGACUUUUCAGCACCAGCUGCAUCUGAUUUCUCUCCCGGGAUACUAAGAGCUAGAACAACAAAUGCCUGUGGAAUUGACCCCUCAAAGAUCUGGCAGGACUUUCUCCGGCUCCACUAUCAUUUUUUUAAAAAAAUG